CGGCACAUGCGCACCGCGGCGGACCGCGAGCCGUAAGGAGUGGUACUUUUUAAAAGUGCAGCCGGAAGCCUCCCGGCAGCCGCCAGCACCUCGGUCCAGCCCCUGUUUUGUCCGUCCCAGGCGCGCGCGCCCAAGUCCUGCACCACUCCGGCUGAGGCAGUCUAGCUUUCACCAUGCCGGUCAAAGGAGGUGUCAAGUGCAUCAAAUACCUGCUCUUCGGUUUUAACUUCGUCUUCUGGCUUGCGGGAAUUGCAGUCCUGGCCAUUGGACUAUGGCUCCGAUUUGACUCUCAGACCAAAAGCAUCUUUGAACAAGAAAAUCAGCAGAAUCAUUCCAGCUUCUACACAGGAGUUUACAUUCUAAUUGGAGCCGGUGCCCUCAUGAUGCUGGUGGGCUUCCUGGGCUGCUGUGGGGCUGUGCAAGAGUCCCAGUGCAUGCUGGGCUUGUUCUUUGGCUUCCUCUUGGUGAUAUUUGCCAUUGAGAUAGCUGCGGCCAUCUGGGGCUAUUCCCACAAAGAGGAGGUGAUUAAGGAUGUCCAAGAAUUUUACAAGGACACCUACAACAAGCUGAAAAACAAGGAUGAGCCCCAGCGGGAAACGCUAAAAGCCAUUCACUAUGCGUUGCAGUGCUGUGGUAUUGCUGGGGGAGUGGAACAAUUUAUCUCGGACAUCUGCCCCAAGACGGACUCAAUCGAUUCCCUUUUAGUGAAGCCCUGUCCGGAGGCCAUCAAAGAUGUCUUCAACAGCAAAUUCCACAUCAUUGGUGCAGUAGGCAUCGGCAUUGCUGUGGUCAUGAUAUUUGGCAUGAUCUUCAGUAUGAUCUUGUGCUGCGCUAUCGGCAGAAACCGAGACAUGGUCUAGAGUCAGCUUACAUCCCUGAGCAGGAACAUUUACCCCAGAAGACUGUUGGGUUUCUUUGGGGGUUUUUUGGCCACUAACUUUAUUAUUCAUUCAGCAUUUCUAAACUAAAAAAGUCAUUGUAUUUUUGUCUUUUAAUGCUUUAUUCAAUAUUGAUACUUGUAGUUG